AUGGUGAAGGUCAGAGUGAACAGAUUUGGCCGUAUCAGAUGCCUGGUUACCAGGGCUGCCUUCAUUUCUGGCAAAGUGGACAUCAUUGCCAUCAAUGACCCCUACAUUGACCUCAACUACAUGGUCUACAUGUUCCAGUAUGACUAUACCCAUGGCAAAUUCAAAGGCACAGUCAAGGCUGAGAAUGGGAAACUUGUCAUUAAUGGGAAGGCCAUCACCAUCUUCCAGGAGCAAGAUCCCGCCAACAUCAAAUGGGGUGAUACUGGUGCCGAGUAUGUUGUGGAGUCCAUUGGUGUCUUCACCACAAUGGAGAAGGCUGAGGCGGCCCACUUUAAGGAUGGAGCCAAGAGGGUCAUCAUUUCUGCCCCUUCUGCUAAUGCUAUGUUUGUGAUGGGUGUGAACCAUGACAAAUAUGACAACUCCGUUAAGAUUGUCAGCAAUACGUCCUGCACCACCAACUGCUUAGCCCCCCUGGCCAAGGUCAUGCAUGACAACUUUGGCAUUGUGGAAGGACUCAUGACCACAGUCCAUGUUAUCCCUGCCACCCAGAAGACUGUGGAUGUUCCCCCAGGGAAGCUGUGGCAUGAUGGCCGUGGGGCUGCCCAGAACAUCAUCCCUGCAUCCACUGGUGCUGUCAAGGCUGUGGGCAAGGUCAUCCCAGAGCUGAACCGGAAGCUCACUGGAGUGGCUUUCCAUGUUCCUACCCCCAAUGCGUCUGUCGUGGAUCUGAUAUGUCGCCUGGAGAAAGCUGCCAAGUAUGAAGACAUCAAGAAGGUGGUGAAGCAGGCAUCUGAGGGCCCACUGAAGGGCAUCCUGGGCUACACUGAGGACCAGGUUGUCUCCUGCAACUUCAACAGUGACUCCCACUCUUCCAUCUUUGGUGCUGGGGCUGGCUCCUGGCAUGACAAUGAAUUCGUCUACAGCAACAGGGUGGUGGACCUCAUGGCCUACAUGGCCUCCAGGACCAUCCACCCCCAGCAAGGACUUGAGCAAGAGAGAGGCCCUGGCUGCUGAGCAGUCCCUGUCCAACAACCCCCACACUGGUCAUCUCCCUCACAGUUUCCAUCCCAGACCCCCAGAAUAAAGUAAGGAGGAGCCUAAGGAGCCCUGCUCUCUUGAAUACCAUCAAUAAAGUUCACUACACCC